CGGAUUUUGUUUUUUCUCGGGGCGCAGCUUGGCCAUGGCCAUGGCUUGAUUUCGAUGGGCGCCAGCCCCUCGGCCGGCACCGAGCUCCCGUCCCUGGACGCAGCCGGGCGCGCCCGGCUGCGGCGCAUCGAGCCCUGGACGGAGAUCGUUCGCAAGGUCCAGCGCAUGGGUGGCAGCCAGGAGGAGCUAGGUGAGGAGGAGGUGCUGCGGGUCUUUGCGGCGGCGGAGCCGGGGAUCCAGGCGCUGGCGGAGAGCCCCGGGGAGUUCAUGAAGAACUGCCCCCCCGCAGGCCCGGAGAAUAGCGCGGCGGUGCUGCCGAGCUGGGCGGAGACGCUGUUGGAGCAGCAGCCGGGGCUCAAGGAGACCCGAUUCCGGCUGGUGCCGGCCAAGCUCCGCGAGGAGGACUUUUGGGACCGCUACUUCGCCGCGGUCUUCCACAUCAUUCAGCUGGAGCUACAGGAGUCGGCCGGCUAGCGAAG